AAUGCGAACCAAGUCGGUUGUGAUUUACUUUGCUGUUGUUUUAGCAGCGAUAGCAUGGAACAUAUAUCUAGGAGAGGCAACGACACUUCAAUACAUUGGAUGCUUUAGAGAUGAGAAAAACGACCAGAGAGAUUUCGAGAAAACCGAGAGAAUGUGGGGCAUCCUGACCCCGACCCUCUGCGCCGUUUACUGCAUCGACCGUGGCUACAUAUUCAUGGGUCUGGGAUACGGAAAGAAUUGUAGAUGCGGCAUGGCAUACGGAAAGCACGGACAGGUGGCAGAGACCGACUGUAACGAUGCGUGCGAAGGUGACGGCAGCGACAUGUGCGGAGGUAAACAAAGGAACUCGGUUUACAGAAUUAACCAAUGUAAGUAGAAAUGCGUCAAUGUGUGAGUUUCUGUGUUCAGCCGCGUCAUUA